AUGUUGAGUCCGGGGGAGAGUCUAUCAUCAGAGGGCAGCAGCCCAUUGUUUCCGUCCCGCCUAGGUCUGCACGAGAGCCCCCUGGGAGACAGGACCGGUGCCGAGGCUGGGAUGGCCUGGGAGAUGGAGGACACCAAGCCCUGCAUGGAGGCUCUUGAGCAUCGCGGCCUUCCAGGCCUCCAUCAGUCCUGCUUUGACAUGCUCUUCACCGAGGACUCCACCUGGCUGGUGAAGGUGACUGAGGCCUCCUCGGGUCAGGCUUGUCCCGUGCCUCUCCCAAUAACCAGGACGGAGCCCCGUGAGGAGCCAGAGCAGUGCCCCGUCAUUGACAGCCAGGCCCUGGGGCUCUCCCCGGGGCUGGAGGGCCAGGAGGGCCAGGAGGAGGAGCGCUCCCUGGAGCAGGUCCAAAGCAUGGUGGUCGGGGAGGUGCUGAAGGACAUCGAGACGGCCUGCAAGCUGCUCAACAUAAUCCCAGGUAGGUACUGUUGCAGUAGUAAACUGCCACUCUCAUGCUGGAAUUAGUAGAGUUAGUAGAAUGGGCAUUCCUGUUUAGAGCUAUGUUUUGUGGUGGGGACCGAUUCUAUGUGGAACUGUACGAUUAAUUGAUCCUUGUCACAUCAGUAUUCUGUGCCUUUCAUAUUUGAUGAGCCAUAGUCAGUGGACUGAGGGACUUUACACUUUCUCCUAAUUCUUAUUCUAUUGCUGCCACUACUGCAUGAUCCUGUCUCCCUUUCAAGAGCAUGAAAAACACCAUAGCCGCUCAUUCUAGCCUAUUCAUGCAUACUAUCCAAUCAGGUAUUGACUCAAGGUAUUGAUAUAUUGAUUCAGAGCAGACACAUCUGCAGAAUCCUCCUGCCACUAGAUGAUAAUGACAUGGAUGACAGCUCUUAAUGAUGACCUACAGUGAGGGAAAAAAGUAUUUGAUCCCCUAUUGAUUUUGUCCGUUUGCCCACUGACAAAGACAUGAUCAGUCUAUAAUUUUAAUGGUAGGUUUAUUUGAACAGUGAGAGACAGAAUAACAACAACAAAAUCCAGAAAAACGCAUGUCAAAAAUGUUAUAAAUUGAUUUGCAUUUUAAUUAGGGAAAUAAGUAUUUGACCCCUCUGCAAAACAUGACUUAGUACUUGGUGGCAAAACCCUUGUUGGCAAUCACAGAGGUCAGACGUUUCUUGUAGUUGGCCACCAGGUUUGCACACAUCUCAGGAGGGAUUUUGUUCCACUCCUCUUUGCAGAUCUUCUCCAAGUCAUUAAGGUCCUUAAUGUGCUUCUUCUUGAGCCACUUCUUUGUUGCCUUGGCCGUGUGUUUUGGGUCAUUGUCAUGCUGUAAUACCCAUCCACGACCCAUUUUCAAUGCCCUGGCUGAGGGAAGGAGGUUCUCACCCAAGAUUUGACGGUACAUGGCCCCGUCCAUCGUACCUUUGAUGCAGUGAAGUUGUCCUGUCCCCUUAGCAGAAAAACACCCCCAAAGCAUAAUGUUUCCACCUCCAUGUUUGACGGUGGGGAUAGUGUUCUUGAGGUCAUAGGUAGCCUUCCUCCUCCUCCAAACACGGCGAGUUGAGUUGAUGCCAAAGAGCUCGAUUUUGGUCUCAUUUGUCCACAACACUUUCACCCAGUUCUCCUCUGAAUCAUUCAGAUGUUCAUUGGCAAACUUCAGACGGGCCUGUAUAUGUGCUUUCUUGAGCAGGGGGACCUUGCGGGCGCUGCAGGAUUUCAGUCCUUCACGGCGUAGUGUGUUACCAAUUGUUUUCUUGGUGACUAUGGUCCCAGCUGCCUUGAGAUCAUUGACAAGAUCCUCUCGUGUAGUUCUGGGCUGAUUCCUCACCGUUCUCAUGAUCAUUGCAACUCCAACUUCUGGGAGCCAGAAAUCUUUCUGAUUGAGAGGGGGUCAAAUACUUAUUUCCCUCAUUAAAAUGCAAAUCAAUUUAUAACAUUUUUGACAUCCGUUUUUCUGGAUUCUUUUGUUGUUAUUCUGUCUCUCACUGUUCAAAUAAACCUACCAUUAAAAUGAUAGACUGAUCAUUUCUUUGUCAGUGGGCAAAGGUACAAAAUCAGCAGGGGAUCAAAUACUUUUUCCCCUCACUGUAUGUCUCACUGACUCAAGUCAUGUUUGUCUGCUCCAGGAUCUGUAUAAUCCCGUUGCGUUUAACAACAGGACUUAGUGGGAAUGACGGUGCUGCUCGCCUGCCAACAGCCGUGUACACAGUGCAUGGGUGAGGUCUGUCCAACUGGCAAAGCAAACAUCAGGUCGAGGGCAUACACUACUGUGUGUACUGUAAGAUGUCUUCUGUCAGUCACACCCUGACACCAUAGAGCCCCUACAUCUUCUCCUCCUGCUGCUACUGCUGUAUCCAAAAUGUGGUCUUAUGGUGCGUUUCAACUGAUGAAAACGAUUGUAGAGUACACAACAGAACAGUACCCCACCUUAUGCAAACCACCACUCUCCCCAGACCACGCCUGCGAUUGGAGAUUGCCCAGAGCGAACCUUGCAAAGCAAAGACUAGUCACUGAGGUGAAGACAGUAAUUGGCCUCUGAUUGAUUGCAUUUAAUUGCACUCUGUGUGUGUGUGUGUGUGUGUGUGUGUGUGUGUGUGUGUGUGUGUGUGUGUGAGACCAGAGAUCAACUGAUACUGUAGUAUGGGGACCACACACAUCUAGGGUCUCCACUUUAUUCAUGGUUGUUUUGGUAACCCUCUAUCCUGAAUAGAUCCCUCCCUAUUGCAGGCCAACAGACAUGCAGUUGACAUUUACCGUAAAUGUUACUGCUAGUUUGUUCAACAUCUAUAGAUGUAUAGGGGACUAUCCAAAAGAAAGUGUUAUUGCUAUCGUUUUUAUCUGUUAUCCCCAGACCCCAUAGAGUGGAGCUCGGGGAAUGUCCAGAAGUGGUUGCUAUGGACAGAGCACCUGUACAGACUGCCUCAGGCCGGCAAGGCCUUCCAGGAGCUCACUGGGAAAGACCUGUGUGCCAUGAGUGAAGAGGACUUCAGGCAGAGGUCUCCUCAGUGUGGAGACACCCUGCACGCCCACCUGGACAUCUGGAAGUCAGGUGUGUUAUAAUAGCUGUAUGACUGGUAGGACCAGCCCUAGCCUUUUGGGGGCCCUAAGCUUAUGCCAUGUUAAUAUGAUAUCUGAGUGAGAAUGACUAACAAAAGCAAUCAGGGCCUCCUGGAGGUCAGGUCCCCUAGACACAUGCCCUGCGUGCCUGGUCGGUAUUCAGCCAUGAUUACUACAAAUGUUUUUUGCGGGGGCCCAAAGCGACCACUUAUGCUGCCUAUGCCUGGGGCUGGCCCUGAUGACUGGGGUUGACAGACAGUCUGCACAUACUGUAGUUUACUACUGUGUUCUCCUCAGGAUAAUGAAGCUUUUAUCAUUCUGUUCAAACAAUACAACAAUACAUCUCUCUCACGCUUUCUCUCCCGUUCUUUCUCUCUCUACAGCUGCCUGGAUGAAAGAGAGGAGUUCUGUUGGAGACAGCAAAAUCACAGGUAGGUUUAGCCUCUUCUCUAUUAGCUUUGUUAGGAAAGAAAGUGACAUGAAUCUCAUUUCUCGAGGGCCAGAGUGUUCUUGGCCCUUGGGAAGGAGUAGUGGCAGUUGUGUGUGUUCAUAGCUCCUAGGAAGAAGACCAGAGGGUCAUGUAUAGUGCAGUCUUGUUAGCAAAUGUGUGUGUGUGUGUGUGACUGUGUGUGUGUGUGUGUGUGUGUGUGUGUGUGUAUAGCUCCAAGUUAGGAAAUAAUGACUGUGUGUGUGCUCGUCCCUCUGUGCAGGCGGAGAGGAGCUGUGGUUGGAGGCAGACUCGUCGUGCUCAGGACAGCCCAUCCACCUGUGGCAGUUCCUCAGAGAGCUGCUCCUCAAACCCCACAACUACGGACGCUGCAUCCGCUGGCUCAACAAGGAGAAAGGUGAGCAGGGCAGGCUGUGUGACCGCCAAGAACUGAUGGGAUAAGUUCAGAAGCAUUUUAAACUCUGCAAUAAUCCUCUCCUCUCCAAUAAUGAAUUCUAAUAUCAUCAAAAAAGACAGAGAAUGACAAUUGAAUACGGUGACAAAGUAAUCCAUAUCUAAUCUCACUCUGCUGUCUGCCAGGUAUUUUCAAAAUCGAGGACUCUGCUCACGUGGCGAGACUCUGGGGACUGAGGAAGAACCGUCCAGCGAUGAACUACGACAAGCUGAGCCGCUCCAUACGGCAGUACUACAAGAAGGGCAUCAUCCGCAAGCCUGAUGUCUCCCAGAGACUGGUCUACCAGUUUGUCCACCCAGUAUGA